AUGAGUUCGAGAAGCCCAACACUCGACGAUGAGAGAAAGAUUUCGAGUUCCAUGAGAUUUGUACCGUUUGGCAGCUUGCUGCAGACCUGGACGGAAGUGUCUAGGAUUAACUACAUGUCUGCAUUGGCUUUGGACGAUAUAUCUAGAGACCAGAGGUUCAAAAGUUUCUCGCUGCCAUUCAAGAAAAUAUCUGUGCCGGUAUUUGAUCCGUCCAAGUUUCAGAAUAAAGAUGAGGAGAGCGAGCUAAUUGAACAGUUUCCAAUAAAUAUGACGCCACUUAUGAACGAAGACCAACUGUGGGGAUGUUUCUAUAACUUUCCCGAGCUAUAUGAGGACUCGUACUCGCCUCUAGUACGUGUGAGGAAUGCGGACGAAAUACCCGAUAUUGAAGGUGGUGUACUCACAAGGGACCUGGUUAGCGUAUGCCUCAGUUAUUUGAGACGAUCACCGAUUUUGGGCGACUACGUAUGUAUUAAAUUGGAUUUAGGGUCCCAGUUUCUCACGAAUAUCGAUGUUUUGAAGCAUUACAAAUAUUUAGUGUACUUGGAUCUGUCUUCCAAUCUCUUAGAUGACCUCAGCGUACUCUCCCACCUUCCGUACAUUCAAUAUCUAAAUGUAUCCUUUAAUAACUUCAAGACGGUAUUGGAUUACGAAACACCGCAAUGGUUCCUCACUGAAGUUUAUUACAGAUUUAAUUCUGUGAUGAAAAUCCGUAAUUUAGCUGCUUUUUGGUCUAUCACGGUGAUUGACUUAUCUCACAAUAAUAUAAAGUUUAUAACAGGAUUUGAAACUCUUAGAUAUCUCCGACGCUUAGACCUCUCCUUCAAUCACAUACAAAGGCUGGAAAAUCUCAAUCAUCUACGGUUACUUUGGCUCGACUUAUCUUACAACAACAUUUCCGACUUCGAGUUCGGAGAUAACGCCGGCCUUUGGACUUUACUCCACCUUGAAUACUUGAAUUUGAAUGAAAACAGUUUGACUUCUAUGAAAAUUUUCUCAGGCUGCAGCAGACCCCGCGAAAUCCACGCCAGGAAUAACAGAUUGAGUUCACUGCUAGAACUGGCAGUGUAUAUGAAUAAACUACGACGCCUGACUCUUCUCGAUUUUCGCUCAAACCCGGUUUGCAUCGUUCCCGGGUACAAGGAUGUUGUCGUGAACACGUUUCCGCUCUUGCUUAGCCUCGACGACUUUGAAGUGGAUCCUAUAGCACAAAGAACCCGUAAGAUGAAUAUGAACCCGGACGUGUUUAUGUUCGCAACACGUCGCCUGUUGCGGCUACUGUAUAUCGAGCAGCUGUCUCGCUCUCGUGUUUCGCCCCACAAUCCACCCGCCGACACCACAGAUGUCCCCAUUGUCAUAUUGGUCGGUUAUGAAGCUGUUGGUAAAGGCUCGCUGGCGCGUCGUAUUGCAGCAGAAUGCAGCUCGCAUGUGGAAUUAGCUGUUAAGCAUACAACUGCAUUUCACCACAUGACGGAACAUUACAAACAAGUAACAAGGAAACGAUUCGAUGAUAUGUUGCUGGCUGGCGAAUUUCUUACUUAUAGCGAGGUGGACGGCGAAUCGUACGGCCUCAGCCGCGAAGAAGCCUAUGUCAAAGAUGGUAAAGUGAAAAUCGUAACUAUGGAUCUAAUUGGUGCUCUAAUGCUGAAACUCAGGGGUCGCCAGCCCUAUCUGAUAUUAACAACUUGUGCGGAUAAACGAGCGCUAGCUGUGAGGCAACUGGUGCGAAAAAUAAAAAGAGACUUGGCGAAUGAAGAGAAGCAAUCUAACACCGUGGAGAUAUCGACACUACAAGUUCUUUUAUCUGGCAGAAUUAUCAUUUACGGAAUUCUAAACGAAAUUUUAUUGGCGAUACCAGAAGAUAAGAGCCAGAGUGAAUUCGUAAUCGAAUCAGAAUGCUCCCUCCUAAUGGAAAGUGAGUCGCGACAACCGCGUAAAUAUAAUAAGAAUGUCAACAGACUCACUGUGUUGACUCCGAGCAGCUCAUCUCUCGGGGACGCUUGUAAGAGCGAUCAGGAGAAAAAUAGCAGCCAAGUUGACACUAGCAUGUACUCUCUGUACAAGGACUCGCAGCCCAUGGACGAGUUUACUAGUGACGUUUACGGUCAAACGCACGUAUUCUUUUCAACUGGCAGCAGGAAGUCUUCCAAAUCAGUCGCAUUUACCUCCCCGGAUAACACAGACUUGGCUGACGAAUCUGAUCCAUCGGGGAUGUACAUUGAACCCGCACCCCAAAGAGAAAUGGAAAACGUAUUACUUGGAACUUCUAUAAGCGCAAGAGUCGGUAGGUCAUAUGGGGAUAAAGAACAAAGAGAUUCAGAUUUAUGGUUAGCGUUCCUAGCCGAAAAUGGCCUAGCGCAGGCUAGUGAAAUAUUUGCCGACCCAUAUAAUGUAACUAAACAUGAGAGCAGAUUAGACGAAGCGGAUUUCUUUAAAGUUCAAAUGGGUAAUUACAAAGAGAUUCCAACGGAAACCUUCACAACUACUAUAAAAGAUGACUAUGAUGAAAUACAUCGCACGAGACCUGGUCUUUUUUGGGACACUGUUAACAUGGAUAAUACUGAAGCUGCAUUUUUAAAAGUCAAGAAAAUUAUUAAGGAAAUUGUAAGCUCGCAAAAAAAUUUAAAGCCACUUUUUGACAUCGACUUCACAAAUAUACAUAACUAUCCUGGCAUGAAGGAAAGACUAGCAGAUAUCUGCAAAGAAAUUGCCCCUCAAAGACUGUUCUAUUAA